UCUACCCCGUCGUUUCACGCACACGGAGCUGCUGUUGUUUAUUCACACAAAUCAUCCCCCACUCCACUCACACCUUUCACCACCGCCUUCUUCAAAUACAUGAACCCCACAAACUACAGCUAUAAAUUAUGGCAUACAUAAUUUCUCUUUCAUAAAAAAUGUGUUGCUUCUCCUCUUCAUUUACUUCACCAUUUCACCCAACGACUUUUAGAUACAAUAGCAAUUGCAUAUAUUAAACGCUAUUUUUUUCUGGAAGGAUCCGGAGGUUGUCUCCCCUCAGGUACUCUAGGAAUGAAAAAGACAUCGUAUUACAAUGCUGUGGCCCAAGUGCAUGAUCAGUGGCCUAUUAAGAAAGCACUCACACUUUCUGAUGUAGAUAUCACCCACCCAUUUCUCACAUUGUCUCGGCAACAAGUUGAAACUCAUAUAGUUGUGUAUAUGUCUCCUGAACAGAAUGAACAAUUAAGGGCUGAUGGCCAAGUAAGUUUAAAUGCCCAAGAUGAUGACACUGGCGAAAUGCAUGCCAUGAAAUUGAAGUGGCGAGGGAGCUAUUAUAAUCUCAUUGGAAAGUGGGGAAAAAUUGUACGUGGUAAGGGACUUGAUGUUGGGCAAGAAAUUCAACUACGGUGGAUUGGAGGGUGCUUACACUUCUCAGUUCCGCAGCAUCAGGUUGUUGUAGUACCACCAGUUCGACCAGUUGCAGCUCCCUUGGUGCAUGACCACUGGCCUAUUAAGAAGGUCCUGACAUUGUCUGAUGUGGAUAUCAAUCAUCCGUUUCUUCUGUUGCCUCGUCGUUCAGUUGAAGAUCAUAUUCUUGCACAUUGGGUGCCACAAGAACGAGAAAGAUUAAGAAAGGAAGAACAGGUGGAUAUAAAUGCCUGUGAUUAUGAUACGGGUGAUAUGCAUGUGAUGAAAUUGAAGUGGCGAGGGAAUUACUACAACCUCAUUGGGAAAUGGGCAAAUAUAGUUCGACAGAAAGGACUUGGUGUUGGCAAGGAGAUCAGAUUACGCUGGUCUAAUAAAUGUUUAUACUUUUCUGUUCUGCAGGAGCAUUAUGUUCCAACACCAUCAGCACGGGAUAAUUGGCCUAUCAAGAAGGCACUCACAUUAUCUGAUGUUGAUACCAAUCAUCCAUUCCUUACUUUGCCAGGCAAAGCAGUCGAAGAUCAUAUACUCUUUUACUGGACAGAGCAAGGUCGGGAACAGUUAAGAAAUGAACGUCAAAUUAGUCUUAAUGCUAGGGACAAUGACACAGGUGACCUGUACGUGAUGAAGUUGAAAUGGCGUGGAAGUUAUUAUAAUCUUAUUGGGAAAUGGGGUAAAAUCAUUAGAGAGAAGAGGCUCCAUGUAGGAACAGAGAUCAAAUUGCGUUGGGACAGUGGAUGCUUAAUCUUUUCAGUUCCCAAUGAUAGGGUUGUUUGAUGUAUAGAUAGGUCCAAGAUACACCAAAGUAAUUAUGGUUUCCGAAUUGUUAUUCAAAUUUGAUACAUGAAUUUUCAUUUUAUAAGGUUAAUUUUCUAAUGCUUCUUCUGCUCUUAUUUAUUAUGACGACAAGAAUUGGCCUGUGAGAACCUAAUAAUUUGUGUGUGAAUAACUGGUUCAUGGGACUUGCUGGAAGUUACAAAUUCAACAAUAUGAGCAUUGAGCAACUUAUUAGAUUGUUUGCUGAUUCUUGUGAAUCAAACAUUGGUGAGAAAAACUUGGAUCUGUUCUAUAGUUUUAUGACUCCUACUCUUGUUUGAUUAUUGUAGUUUCUAUUUUUCCUGUAAAUGAACUUGGAAGUUAGAUCUAUUUUUGUUGUUUAGAGCUUGCUUGGCCAAGCUUAAAUAAAACUAGAAGUUACUUCAAAUAACAUUUUUGUUUUCAAACUUGUUCUUUUAUGUUACUAAUUUACUAAAAUGUAGGAUUUUUACGCGUGGCUUGCUAAAAUAAUUAAUAACCUUGCUGAUGGAUUUGGAAUGAGCUUUUGGUAAGUGACUAACAUUAAAGUUUAGUCUUGUCUUCUGCAGAAUAUUGACUUCAGAUUCUAUUGGUAAUAUUUUCGGCUUCUUGCGUACUGGAGAUAUGAUGAAUUAUCCCAUCCGUGGUUGAGAAUCAACUUUCUUUUUCUGGAAGAUGGGAUCCCAUUCUGCUGAGAUAAUGAAUUCUUGGUCAGUUGUGCCAGUGCAAGUCCUAUGCCGAUACCAAUACUGGCAUUUGCCCUGGAAUUUCCCACUGCAGCCAAGAACCUGGAUUUGGACACUUGCAGACAAAUGUGAGAUCCUCAGGAAGUCUGCUUCUCUAGCAAAAAAUGGAACCAGCUCAAAGUUGAGUACAUCUGCCAUUAAUUUGGAAGUUAUAUACUUGUGUACAUGGUAUCCUGGAAAUACUUGGAUUUUUUAUGGUUUAGAAUGCCAGUGGGCGAAAGAUCUGUCGUGACUGAAGGUUGUUGUUUAGCUUCUGACUCAGGAGAUGAGUAGAAACAAUCAGUUUUGAAGCCAAGGAUCAAUGGUACAUCUCGAUUUGUCUGUUACCUUGUGAUUAUUCUUGCUCGUGGAAAAGCUAUUAGCUGUUAUGUCGACGUUUGCUUUUAUUUGCUGUCUGAAUCUGAAGUCCUUUUUCAGAGUCGGGCGAUGAUUUGUUGGUGGCAUCCAUUGACAUCUAUAGAUGAUGAUUCUCUAACAAAAUCUCGGAAGAUGCCUCAAUUGUUAUCUGGUCAAGACCAGAUGAAGGUUGUCUAUGUUGGACUGUUCAGUUUCAUCUUGCAAUAAUGCUCAAGAUGCAUUAAUACAUUAUUUUGCUUUGCAUUGUAAAAGAGAAUACCAAUAUUUACUGUGCUCAACUUGGAGGAAAACCUAUUAAUUGUGUUUACA